AUGACGGAAAUCGAGAUGGAUAUUGAUAUGGCAAAACCUGGCGGCCUGGGAGGCCAUGUGGACGACGACAUUAUCGACUUUGACACGGAUAUGCUUGAUCAGCACGACCAGGAACCCGAGAAUCAAGAUGUCAACACGGAAGCUAUGGACCGGGACAUGCAGGAGGAUAUCGAUACUGCGAACCAAGAAGCCUACCAAACAAAUGGAUACGUGAGUGAAGACGUCGAUUUCGAUUUGCACGACGUUGAGGAGACGGCACACGAUUUGGAACAAGAUGUGGGCGAGACGACGGUGCCCCAGAAGGACGGAUCAGAAAACCAGGCGGCGACAUCCACAGGAAGCGCGCAAGAAGUUGUUGAUCACGUCGAGAUCUCGGACGAGGCAGGCAACCAGAACCAGGAUGUCCAAGAUGACCACGCAUCUGCACACGAGAUUGACUAUGAGGUUGAAGAUGAUGCGGAGCAACAGGAGUCACAAGAAGAGUUGCACCAAAAGUCGCAGAAUGAGUCCCCAAAAGAGCCGCACGAGGAUGUUACUGAGGCACAUGAGCAAGAGGGUCAGACUGAACCUGCGGAUCAGGCAAGAGGGCAAGAAACUACCCAAAAUGACGACGAGAAACGCGAGCAAGAAACAGCUCCCGAAAACCACGAGGCAGUCGCUCUCGGUAGUGCCGAAGAUGCGGCUGCUGACAAUAUUGAGGAAGCUGACUAUGAAGAUGGAGAUCAAUACAAUGACGAGCACUCGGCCGACCAUGGAGAGGCCACAACGCAUGUAGCCGAGGCGGAUCAUGACGACGCUGAACAUGCCGAAGAUGUUGAACACACCACCUACGAUGAAGCUGAAGUUGAUGUGGAUGAGCACCCCGAAGGUGAAACAGCUGAUCUUGAGCAUGAUAACCAUUCGACCACUGGAGACGGCUCGGCUGCAAAGCCAGAAAUCGAAUUUCCUACUAUCACAGUGCAGUAUAAAGGAGAUGAAUUCCCCCUAUUCUCGGCUACCUCGGACGGUUUUUUCACCGACACAUCCAUUCUUGAUGAGACACUUGAGAAACUUUUGGCUGGGCUCCGAAGUGAACUGGAAAAUGAGAUUACCGAGGAAGAUGAGUUGGUAUUUCAGGUCGAUGAGCUUGGCCUUGAACUUGCCGAGUCAACCCAGGGUGAACUCAUGACAAAUGUGACGUUCCGCCAGAUCAUCGAGAUCUUUGAUCUCCUGGUCAAGAAUCAGGAUCCGGACGGAUCAAAAACGCUGUACACCUACCUGUUCACCAAGCCCAACACAGAGAGGCGUCUUGAGUCUUUGAUCGAAAGCGCCACCGCAGGCAAAGGCCUCGACGAGGUUAUACAUCUCUUCGAGUCGCCCAUGCCAGCUGCUUCCACCCUCAUGGAAGCUGACAAUGCAGUUGAUGGCCUCCAUGAGGAAUUGGAUGGCUUCGAUAGCCCGGAGGACGAGGGGCAACCAGACGAGGGGGAAACCGCAGAACAUGACGAAGAGAACUCAAGGGAAGCUGGCCUGGAUACUGAUGUCGAGGUACCGACUGCACACGGCGACGCAGAAGUCGAGAACGACAAUGACGAUGUUACUACCGAGCCCACCACCCAACCCCCUGCCAAUGCCGGGACCCAUGACGAAACAGUCACAGAAACCAGCCAUCAUCCUGAUGCGGUUGCGGAGGAUGAGAACUCGGAGCAAAACGGUAAAGCGACCUCACCCUCUGCCAGUUCCUUUUACUGUUAUUACCCUGGUUUCUGCCUUUGCGCCCCCUGUGUUGCAGAAUUUGUUGAAGAUCACGAGCGUGAAGAGGCGGAAUAUCGCCAGGGUCUAGGACUCCAACAAAAGGCCAAGCACAACUUGAUAAGAUUCGAGAGGCCAUUUCUCGACUAUGGCCGCAAGAAGCAUACCCAUUCGCACUCCGAUUUUAGCAUCACUUUUUCGUAUCAAGACACUGACGAAUUCUUUCCAGCACCCGUUGACAGUGAAACCGACCCAUUCGCGGACUUGGAGCUGGAUGUUGGCGCCGAGGAUGACGAUGAGGUGGAUUUAGGAGAUGAUGCAGCGACCCAAGAGCAAGUUGCUGUUGAGUUGGAAACUGCUCAUGCAGGAACCAACGACACUAGCACUACAGCGACCCUCAAGGAUGAUGAAGACGAGACAGGCUCUAUCAACGUCGAUCUCAGCGCAGAUGCGACUGAAGAAGGGACAGUCGAGAAGACUGGACUCAACGAAGAGAACGACCUGGACGAAAUUGAUUGGAGAGACGAGCCUGAGGUAGUUGACGAAGGACCCAGCACUCCUUCUGCCGCUGGUAAGCGAGCACGAGGAGAUGACGACGAGGUUGAUGCGGAAGAUGAACAAGGUACGGAUGAAGAAAGAAACCCCCCAAUGAUGAUCCUGGCUAACAUUGUAUAG